AUGUCGACAUCUACUGUGACUACUCAGCAGACACAGCGAUCUUUUCUCCUCGCCGGCGAGGAGCAGAUCCAGUCAGCGGCCAACGACACUCAAUUCCAGUCUGUUGCCCGUGGUAAUCGUAAUGGAACCUUGAAGCUGCGCGGUAUUCCUACCUUCUCGGACCCGCUUGAGAAGCGCAAAUGGAUGAAGGAACACAUGGCUGCUGCAUUCCGUUACUUUGGCAAGAUGGGAUAUGCCGAGGGUGUCUCUGGACACAUCUCUAUGCGAGACCCUGUUCUCAAGGAUCACUUUUGGAUGAACCCCUUUGCCAAGCACUUCUCCACUAUCAAGGCUUCCGAUCUAGUCUUGGUGGACAGUGACGGAUACGUUACCGAGGGAGGCGCUCAAUUACCCAUCAACGAAGCUGGGUUCAUGAUUCAUUCUGAGAUUCACAAGGCCCGUCCGGAUGUCGUUGCUGCGGCGCAUACCCAUGGCGUUUAUGGAAAGACAUGGAGUGCUUUUGGAAAGCCUAUUGAGAUGCUGACUCAAGAUGCUUGCAACUUUUACGGCCGCCUGGGCGUAUAUGAUGAUCACGGUGGUGUCGCGCUUUCUCAAGAAGAAGGAAAGCAAAUUGCAGAGGCACUCGGCAAGGAUAACAUCGCAUGUAUUCUUCAGAAUCACGGCCUUCUAACUGUCGGCCGAACGGUUGAUGAAGCCGCUAUUCUCUAUUCCAUGCUGGACAAUGCUUGUCACUCUCAACUAAUGGCCGAGGCGGCCGCCGCGAAUGGUAUUCCCAAGCGUGUUAUCAACAAUGAGGUGGCCCAGUAUACUGCCGAUUUUGCUCAGAAUCCUCACAACCUUUAUACCGAGUUCCAGCCCGAGUUCGACUUGAUUGUGGAGGAGAGCAACGGACGGGUGUUUCAAUGA